UUUCCACCCGGACAAGUUACAGAGUAGCACGCCGGCAAACCUGAAAACACAACUUACACACAUGUGAUAGCAGCAGUCUGUGCUGACUUCAGACUGCGGUGAAUGUGUUCACAUUGUCAGGGUGCAUUUACAUUUAGUUUUCAAAAUGUCAGACAUGUCAGAGACAUCUCCCCAAAACUGGAUUCUUCUUCAUCCAGCUUAUCAGCUAAUGAAGAAACUGGAGGUGGAGGACAGUGAACAAAUGCAUGCAGCUUUCCUGGUGUAUAUGGACCUGACUGAAGUGCGUCGUUGGAAAGAGGUGUCCUGUGUCAAAAGCCCAGAGCUGCAGCUGGUUCUGCUGGAAGGAACAGAGAAGGAAGACUCCCCUGUACAGUCUAUCCUGCCUCUGCCUGUUCACAGAUCCCUGAGCCACAAAAGUAUUCGACACGUGCUGGACAGAGGCUUCCCCAUGCUGCUGUGUGCUGUUGCUUCUGACUCCACGCUGGUCUACCAGAGGAUGACUGACGGGCUGGUGACCCCUGACCCUCCUGCUGGACCCUUCCAGGAUGCAGGACGUCGGCAGCACCGCAAGAGACGGCAACAGCGCUGAAACAGUGGAGCAGAGCAGGACAGGCAGAGGCACAGUCAUUGGUCUGGUUGUCUGUCUCUUUGAGAUACACUUGAAUUAAGUAAAGGGUUUGCUGAGGCAGGAAAAAAUGGACUGAACCACAGACCCCCUGGAUGUGCUCUCAGUGAGACACCAUUGGAACUAUCUGACCGCAGAAGUUUGGCUUUUUGCAUCUGUGACAGUUGCAGGUUUAGUGGGAUGUGAAGAGAUCAAGCAUUAAGCGUUAUUUUAAUAUUUUUGCAAAUGAAGACUUUAGGUGAGGUCGUCGUCAUCAAGUGAUGAAUGUGUUUUCUUUCUACUUUCUUCACCUGUAAUUGUCACAUGACUUCUCUAUUGAUUGAAGUUGAUUUAAGUGAUGGGUUAAAAUUUCAGUUGAACAACUGUGACAGCUUGAAGGAAAUAUGAACUUUUAAGUAACAAUAGUAACAGCCGUGUUGAUAAGUUACUGAAAACACUUUUUAUUUCUCUAAAAAAACAAAAACUCAACAUAGAAACUGAACACAACUGAACACUGGUGAAACACGUAAUGAGUCUUGUAUGUGACAUGUCCACCUGUUGGUUCAACAUGGAAACAAACUGAAGCAGGGGACAUCAGUAACCCCGCAGUGUGAGUGCAUGAGUGUUUAUUUUAAUGGUGCAGCAGUGUCUUAAUGAGAGGAAGGAUUUUGACUACAUGAGACAGAGAUUACAACACUUCAACCCUGAGCCUUAUUCAACAUAAAUACUCUACAUCGUCUCAGAAACAGACAUGGACAGACAAACACACUGUACUGGCCAACGUACUGUAGAAAAGAGGUUCAUACUGUGUCUUGGAAUGCAGGAAGUUUCAACCCCGUGACUUUUCAGGGAGGCAUUCAAGGAUGAAAUGUUCAAAAUGAUGCAGAUAAAGACCUUGUUUUCACUUUGUA